AUGGCCCUUUGGAGAACCACCAAGGGACGUGAGGAGCUGAAGAAGAUGUUCGCCGAACAUGGUUGCUUCGGUCAACUAGAAGUUCAAAUCCAGAAGCGGAAUGUGAGAUCUGAGACUGACAAGAACCAGGGAGGUUGGUACACCAAGUUGGCACUUCAGAAAGAAGGGUGGACUGCGAAGAUGAUUGAAAAGAGUUGGUCGUGGGCUUUGUCGUUUCCAGCCGGUGUAACACAUCGCACACACCCAGUACACGGAGAAGAAGAAAUCAAGAUAACCUUGCACGAAACCUUUGAGAAUAGCAACUCGAACAUUGAAGAAGUUACGCGCACGGGAUCGAUUGGAGUUGAGGACGAGGCUGGCACCUUGUUUGAUUCAGAUCUUCAAGAAGCACCUUGCAAUGGGGCAGCGUCCAGCAAUGGGAAUGGGGCGAAGGCAACACUACAACCUUCCAUGGUCAAUACUGGGUCGGUCAUGAGCUUCAAGAUGUCAUUCCCCACGAUUACGGAGACGACUUCGCCGGUGCAAAUCCUGCCUCAAUUCGUCGAUGUUUUGGGGAAAAAGGUCGAUAAGGUUGCAGCAGAGCUGGACCCCUCUCGUGCAUCUCUUGAUCCGAUGGAGGGGAAAAUGAGAUCCCAGAUGGAGAAGAUGCAGUCCAUUUAUGAUCAGCUCACCACAUUCCUGUCUGAAGCCACUGUUCGCCCAGAAACUUUGGACAGGGACAAGAGGUCUGAGAUCCAACAGCAGUUCAUCAAUUGCACGAAGCUGGACGUCGCGAUGUGCAGUUUGUUGAUGAGAGCCAAGUCGAUCAAGGGUGCGCCAGGUUCCUCAACCGCGGCGGAGAAGCGACGCAAGAGUAAGACGAGUGAGACUUCGUCGAAGAAGCCUAAGGGAUCUAAGGCUAGCGCCAAAUCGGUGCUGGAUGAUGCGACUAGAACCGAGAAGCUAUUGGACAAACAUGGUGUCUAUGACCGAAGCGUCACCGCUCUGGCCUCCGUUGGGAAGUAUGAUAGGCACACGUAUUGCACUCGUUUGCUCUACACGGUUGUGCCAUCAGAGAACUACGCACCCAAAUCGGCGACCCAACAAAAACUAAUGGAAUACUUGGUGAACGAUGCAAACAAGCUCUACACUGAGGGAAUCCAGGUCACUUGGCAAGGGCGCACCACCCGCUGGUUCUUCAAGUAUUUGGGAACCAAGGGUGAUUGGCCCUGGCUACGGUCGUGUUUUAAACUUAGUGCGGGAUUUACAUCGAAGCGGAAGUGUCACAAAUGUGCUUCCACUGACUGGUAUAACUUUGGACAGCGCAGCACGGUGAGAUCAUGGCGGAGUGGUGGGAAUGUGGCUUCACCUUAUCAUGCUGGCAGUGAUGCGGCUGUAAGAGGAAUGUUGCCGUGUGGCGAUGACACCGACAAGAUAAAGAUCGACUUGGCCCAUACCUAUGGAAUUGGGUAUGGAAAAGAUGAAGCCGCUUCUGCAGUGGUCUUCUUGGCCAUUCGGUGUGGCACAUUUGGAGAUGGAACGAUUGACUUCCAGCUGCAUGAGGCAUACCUCAACUUCAUGGCAUGGUGCAAGCUGAACCACAAGAGUACCUCCGUGACCGGCUUCUGCAAGGAAGACCUUAAAAUCACCUCGCUCCAGCAGUACCCCAGGGGUCUGGGCAAGGGCUCGGACACUGCAGUGGUUUCUGCUUGGUUGGAAAGCGUGCUGUCGUCCAUGACCGCCGACUCAGUACCAGCUACUUGUUUUGCCUAG